AUGGCCCUCACGGCUUCAAUCACCGGCCUCAGCGGCCUCAACCAACACAAACAGGCACACAUUCGGCAGACAAGUACAGCUCCAGACGGAGCCACCUUGUCGCGACAAACAGAUGGCACGCCAUCCUUUUCCACACGCGGGCUUCCGAAUGGGGAGCGCCGGCACGGUAUCCAAGUAGUGGCUGCUCAGCAGCCCUCUUUAUACCGAACUGCCUCUGGCCUUGCACGACGUCUGGGGUCCAUUUCUCAGAUCGCCUUCGAGAGGCCAGAUCCACAGACGAUAGCCUCGCAGAACUACUGCGAUGUCGACGACUUCCUUUCUGAUCUCGCAAUGGUCCAAACCUCCAGGCGUCAUUCGCCAGUCAACGGGAACCGGGCUAUGCGGGCUGGUAGAUUUCGCCCUCGAUCAGAGGAUCCACCACAGCCGGCCCACCACCAAGCAGACAAUCAGCCAGCGCGCAACGAUUUUGGGCCAAAUCCAGAUGGUAGUCUUACAUGGGUGUGGGCUAGGGAGCGCGGCCAGUGGUAUCGCGUUCGCUUCGAUCCAUCGAGCGGUAGGCCUAGGUUCGAAUGGGAGUCUGUCGAAGCUGGUCUGCGCCGACAACUGGAGGAACACCGUUCUCUUAUCGCGCGCAUGGAGGCAGCGCAGGCCCCUAGGUUCGAACGGGAGUCCGUCAAAGAUCGUCCGCGCCGUCAGCUGGAGGAGCACCGUUCUCUUGUAGCUCGCAUGGAGGCAGAGCGGUCACGCGCUCGCGGCCAAGCUGUCCCAGGCGGUACGGCAGCUCGGGGACGCUCACGACGACGCUCACGAUCAAAGCCGCGGAGCAAGCAGCAUGACAAGUCCCAACUCAACCGCAAUCGUGAGACGAGACAGAACGUCCCCAAGACGAAAAAAAAGACUUGCGGCCUUCGGCCUACUGGCGUUUUGAAUGGACAACCUCGCCGCACCGGAGCCGUACAGCCGAAUGCCGCCCCUCCGGAGAGUCAAGGGCUUUCUAGGAAGCGUAAGAGACUGUGCACACGUAAGCGUUGAGCGCGCUGGGAAAAAGAGCACCCUACCCUCGCUAAUACAGAGAUGGACUUGCGGUGGCAUCUGUCUCCGGACAGAUUCUCCGAAGUCUAUUCGACCAGUUCCUCCGAGGUCUCUUCUGAAAACAGCGAAGAAUCUGAAGAGGAAUUCGACGUCAGACUCGAGAAGAACGAUGCGGAUCCCAAGAUUAAAUCGGAGUAUAGCGACGACGAUCAUAAUGGCGCCAAGAAGCGAGAGAGGUGGUAGCUCUCCAAGGGGAGCAAGGGGGAGAUGGUUAAAGACUCCAUUCAAAAAGGACUUAGGUGGGAAGGAGGGGCUGAUUCUCAUGCGCACAAACAGUAGGAACCUCUUCUCAACCUGCUCCUUUUUCUUUUAUGCCGAUGUGAAACGCGGUGAAAGAAUAAAAUAUGACUGAUUGACUAACACAACUUGAG